UAUACUCACUCCUUCUUACAACCACUACUCGUCUACAAGAUACUAACUAUGCUUGCUACUACAUUAACAUCGAAGGACGGCCCAUUGAGUCAUAUCUGGCUUGCAGCAAACUACGAUCGUAAGCUCACCAAAACUCAAUUCUUAAAUACAGACAUCGCCCAAUCUACACAAUUAAUCAACCGUGAACAAACCAUAACUUUACGUGCAUCAGGUCAAUUACUUUUGGGUAUCGUCAAAAUUUAUUCACGUAAGACAAAGUAUUUACUCGAUGACGCCAAUGAUAUAUUAUACAAGCUCAAAUCCAGCUUCAAAAUCGCCAAGAAUGACACGGUGAAUGUCCCUGUUCAAAACACCAUGAUCAACUUACAAACAGUGACAUUGCCCGAUCAGGUCGGGCGAUUCGGCUUGCUUUACCAAGACGAAUUGAACUUGGACGACGACGAAGAAGUGAACAUCGGUGGGUUGUUCAGUCAGCAGCAGCAGCAGCAGCAAAACACCAUGGAGUAUGACCAAUCAGUAGAGUUCCCAAGGUACGAAGAAGAAAUGGAGAUGCGUGAUGAUGACGAGUUUGAUUUUGAUUUGGACGUCGGGAUGGAUGAUAGUGUGGAAAUCGGGAGAAAUGUCAGUAUGGCUGAUGAUGAUCGAGAAAUGUCAGUUUUGGAUGUGGGCCUGAAGGAUAUCUUUGAAUUGGACUUGGGUGUCCCAUUGCAAUUGAACUUGGAGGAGGUUAAUGAAGAGCCAGUUCCGGAAACUACCGCUGUCACACCUACUCCCGCUGCUCCUAGAGUCAGACGUUCAGGAAUAACUGACGAAGGAAUGGUCACCAACAAACGUAAACUCGUAAUUGACUCCGAAGACGAACUUUCGGGAAUUUCAAUCCAAACAUUACGCAACAACCAACAAGCAUUAUUGGGAGGAUACAUCACCGUCAACCUCACUCAACAGGAAAAGUUACGACUUGUCCAUGAAUUAAGUAUGCCCGUAUGCAACAAACGAAGAAAGAUUCUCAGUUUAGACGAAGAAUUACAGGCCCGAUGUGCUGAAAUUGCUCGAUUGGAAGAAGAAGUGGCAGAAGAAGAAGAACAAGCCCAGGAUGACUUUACUGUUCGUGAUGAAACCCUCGAUUUUGACUUGUCCUUGCCUGAUUUCGACGAGCCAGAAAACAUAGUUGAACCAGAAAUAGUGGAAGAACUCCCCGAGGAGUUUGUCGUGCUGGGAAACAGCACGGUGCAGAUCGCCGAGGAAUUACGUGACCUUACACAAACAGACGAUUCCAUAGCAUUUACUAAAUUAGUGGACAAUGAUUUAACCAUGAAGGAACAACCAUUGGGCGCAGCAAACAAUAAAGUCAACCAAAAGAGACAAGCUACUCGUUGUUUCUUUGAAUUGCUUGUGCUUGCUACAAGCGAUUGUAUUGAACUUGAUCAAGAGAACAGUGAUAUUUUAAUUAGACCUAGAGACAGACUAUAUAGCCAAUUUUUGUAAUAUUAUAUACCGUCAUCAUAUUCCACUUCGUCAACUGUAAGCUCGUCAAUCGAGAGUAUUGUAAAUCCUUCUUGUUUUCCAAGGAGAAGCUGGGUGCCCGUUUCGUUAAAUGCAACAGUAUCCACGGCAGUUUCACACACAGUUACAAUUGGAGUAUAUAACCGUUUUGAUAUAUCCCAUAAAUCAACCUUUGCCAUUGGUUGGUGGGAAACAGUAAUAAAUUGUCGACUAUCAGGACGAACCACUAUCUUAUCGACUAAGUAAGGAACAGGCACGGUUUUACAUUCAUCUUUCCAUAUCCUGAUAUUCCAAUCCAUAUGAGCAGUGAUUAACAUUGAAUCUAAUACAGUAACAUCAUUGAUUAUCGUUGCAAUUCCCGAUUCCAACUCGUUAGUUAUGUAUGGUGUGAUGUCCUUGUCUAAUUGGUAAAACUUGCCAUCUCCCACAAACACAAGUGAAUUCAAAUAAGCCGUGUC